AUGUCCUCUAUCCGCUGCGAAGAGACACUCAAGCAUGAAAAGCGGCCAACUAUAGCCUCAGUCGAGACCCACACGAUGGGCGCUUCUCUGCACAAGUACCUCCAGAUGAAGGUGCAUUGCGAUAUUCAGCAAAACGUCUACAGAUCCAUUCAUGUCAUUGGCAAGCAUAGCAGACUUCCUCCAACACGGACAGCAUCAGUAGAGAAGAACGAUAAACCCUUCAACUGGCAGCGCCCCACGGCGAUUGAUCAUGGGGACGGUAGUCUCACGCUGAUGUGUUUUCCUGGUCCAGGCUAUGUCCAGCACUACGCUGCGAUCAUUGCGACCUAUCUCGAUCUGCAAGGACAAGACCCAUCCAUCGUCACUUACACACUGCCUUCUCAAGAUGAGUGUAUGACCCCCCUCCUCGAAUCCAAUUUGCGCGCCAUGGGUAAUGUCGACACCGUAGUCCUGGGGUACGUCCAUGGCCUAGAACGCUACGUGACUUCUGGUAAAUGGGUCGGCGGUGGUAGUGACCAACUUUUCGCCUGGCAAAAGUACCACGCUCCCGACGGGACUACAGUUGCCUUUCUGGGUUGUCGAGUCAGCUUUUGGGGAGACAUUGCUGGAAAUGUAGUUCGAGCCUUACAGCAACUCAACCAGACCAAGACAGUCCUCUACAUCGGGAAACUAGGCACCCUGCUUCCAGAAAUUCCCCCAAACAAGUUCCUCGCCACGGGCUGCACCAGCCUCGUCAAUGGCGCCCAAGUCACUUGGGGAAAUGUGCUCGAGAAGCAUAUUGCACGUCCCGAUCUUGUGAUACACGGAGCUCACUAUUCUCUUCCUUCGGUAUUAGACGAGACCAAGCAGUGGCUCGAGGCGCGAAUGGGAAUUUUCGAUUUUGUCGAUCCAGAGAUAGGUCACAUGGCGCUCGCAUCCAAUGCAGGCGGUACUGGCUUUGGGUACUUGCACAUUAUUUCGGAUAACAUUGCUCGGAAGUACGAGUAUGAUUUGUCCAAUGAGCGGGUGGAGCAGGUGCUUCGUGACCGGGAGAUGCUCAUCGCUGCUAUUGGAGAUACUUUGCAACGCUUCUUUGAGUCUGCUUGA